GUCAAUACGCGUAUGUAACUUGACAGUUUGCUCGUUGUAAGAGAUUCUGCAAUCACGAAGUAUAAAUUUUGCGAAAAAUGAAAUGAAGUAUCUUCGUGAAUGAAGUGCGCGCGCACCUGUUCGCGAUUUCCAGAAGCCACUCUUUAUACACGUUACUGUAUCAGAGUUUGAUGGUGUCGCAAUUCUGACACCGGCAAAUAUACAUAACAUUCUAUACUUAGAACUGAAUUGGCUGCUCUCGAAAUCGCCAGUCUCCAUUCUAGACCUGUCAGUUCAAUUUUUUACUUUUUUAACAAAAUGUUUGCUGUCAAACGGGCAAUCCUAGCAUGCUCAGGGCGAGCUCCUUCAACUACUCUCAUCCGAUUGAAGCAUAAAUUACCAGAAUUGCCUUAUGAUCACAGGGCGUUAGAACCCAUUAUCUGUGCUGAGAUUAUGGAAUUGCACCAUACUAAACAUCAUGCUACAUAUGUCAAUAAUCUAAAUGUCGCAGAGGAAAAAUUACAUGAAGCAGUUGCUAAAGGAGAUGUAAAUGCUCAAAUCGCUUUACAGCCAGCUAUUAAAUUUAAUGGAGGAGGUCAUUUAAAUCACUCUAUAUUUUGGCAAAAUCUGUCUCCAAAUGGUGGAAAACCAGACGCUAGUCUCUUGCAACAGAUUGAAAAAGAUUUUUCCAGUAUGGAUGAAAUGAAAAAAAGAUUAUCUGAAGCCACAAUUGCUGUUCAAGGUUCAGGUUGGGGUUGGUUAGGGUAUAAUCCCAAAGAUAAGAGACUCCAAAUUGCUACUUGUGCAAACCAAGAUCCAUUGCAAGCGACAACAGGACUGAUUCCUUUGUUUGGCAUUGAUGUGUGGGAACAUGCUUACUAUUUGCAAUAUAAAAAUGUUCGCCCUGACUACGUUAAAGCAAUUUUUGAUAUUGCAAAUUGGAAUGAUAUCAAUUGUCGUUUUAAGAAUGCUUGUGGUUGUUAAAUUGUAGUCUUUAAGUAAAGCAUUUAAUACAGAGCUGGAAAAAGACAUUUAUAGGAAUAGUAGUAGGUCAAAAAAUUUCUCACAAGAAUAAAAAUAUUGUUAAUAUUUAAAAUUAUUCCAAUUAUUGUUUUUCUAAACUUUCAGUAGAGAUGUUCUGUGAUUAUUUGUUUGAUAUUUUUAGUACAUAAACCAACAGAAUUUUUAAUAAAAACCUUCUGUGUUACAAAGUGAA